UCCACCGAGCCCCUGGCAGCGAGCAGCAGCUGGACGCAGCAAGCAGGGAGCAGACAGGAGGCAGGAGGCCGGCUGUGCGCCCAGGAGAUCCGUUUCUGCCCUCGGAGGAGCCAAAGGGGAGGUAGAACUAUGGCAGAGAAGCCCUGGAAGAAGUCCUCCCUCCCCGGGGUGAGCGUCCGGCAGCUGGUGGAGGAGGUCCCCGAGGGUGGCAGCACGCCGGACUUCGAGCAGAAGCCCAUCACCUUGGCUCUGCAGGAGGGGAAAAAUGCCAUCUUUCGGGCUGUGGUCCGCGGGGAGCCCCGGCCCGAGGUGCGUUGGCAGAGCACCAAAGGCGACCUCAGUAAUUCCAGCAAGUACCAGAUCUCCUGUGCCCCUGGUGGCAGGGAGCACGUGCUGCAGAUCAACAAGCUGACGGGGGAGGACACAGACCUGUACCGCUGCACGGCCGUGAACGUGUACGGAGAGGCCAUGUGCUCAGCGAGACUCACGGUCAUCGAAGUUGGCUUCCGGAAGAAACGGAAGAGGCAAAAGGAACCCCAGGAGGACCUCAGGAAGGAGCUGAUGGACUUCCGGAACUUGCUGAAAAAGAGGGCCCCACCAGCCCCCGAGAAAAAGGUGGACCUUGAGCAGGUGUGGCAGCUGCUGAUGACGGCAGACCGGAAGGACUACGAGCAGAUCUGCUUGAAGUACGGCAUCGUCGACUACCGGGGCAUGCUGCGCAAGCUGCAGGAGAUGAAGAAGGAGCAGGAGGACAAGAUGGCACAGUACAUCAAUGCCAUCUCCAACUUGAGACACAUCAGAGUCACCAAGGAGGGGGUCGCAACCUUUGACCUGGAGCUGGAUCUCAAGGACUCUGGGAGCAAGAUUUACUUGUACAAGGAUGGCGAGAUGGUCCCCUAUGGCUUCGACAACCUGACCAAGCACUGUCUGCGCCGGCUGGGGAAGCGCUACCACUUCCAAAUCCGGGACCUGAGGCCCGAGGACUCCGGCAUUUACCAGGUCAAGGUGGAGGAUACCGUCGUCUUCUCCACGGAGCUGGAGGCCGGUGCCAUCCCCGCCAGAGUGGUGGUCCCACUGGCCGAGACUCGCUGCGAGGAGCAAGGCGAUGCCGUCUUCGAAUGCACCCUCUCCAACCCCUGCCCCAGCGCUGCCUGGCAGUUCCGGCGCCGGCCGCUCCAGCCCAGUGACAAGUACGAAGUGUCGGUGUCCCCCGACGGGCUGACCCACCGGCUAGUGGUGAGGGGGGCCCGUUUCUCAGACAUGGGUGUCUAUUCGCUGGGCACCGGGUUCCAUGACUCCAGCGCCUGGCUGGUGGUCGAAGCCGGGAAGGACAAAGGUCUUCAGACCACCAGUGCGGACAGCCAGCUGCAAGGGCAAGGGGCCCCGGCCUCAGAAGCAGAGGACUCUGGGACCAUCGGUAGCCAGGGAGGAGAGCGCAGAGAGCAGGAGCCCAUAAGGGGCUCCCUCGAGGGGGCUGAGCUGGCUUCCGGGCUCCAGUGGGUCCCCAGCCCCGACAGGGCUGGCCUGGGCAGGCACGGGUACUCCCCGAUGGAGGAUGAAGGGGCAGACUGGGGCCCUGGGCAGGAAGGAAAGGGCUUUCUAGAAGCAGAGGGAGACAGAGUCACUCCUCCUGGGGAAAAUCAGCCCCACAGAGAGGGAGGUUGGGCCGGAAGCCUUCAAGGGAGGCCCCAUCUGCAGGGAGACGGCCCAGCGUCAGGGUUGGGCCUCGUGGAAAAACAACAGCAAGAUCAUGGCAGAGACAGCGAUGGGGACACAGGCUGGGGGACGGCAGGAGGCUGGGAGGCUGGGUCCAGUGGCCCUCAGGAUGGAGGACUGGGGAGCAGCUGGGAAGGAAAGGAGGUCAGAGAAGACAGUAGAGGUCAACUGGGCAGGCACAGCCAGGACGAGAUGGAGGGAGGGGAUGGGCUGAGCAUGGAAGGGGGGAGGGGAGCAGCAAGGGUAGCGUGGGGCAGUGGGACUGGCCCGGGGGCAGCUGGAAACAGCAGUGGGGCAGGAGGUCCUGGCACCCUGGGGUUUCCUGGAGGAAGAGGUUCUAGCUCCAAGGCGGGCAUGGGCCCUGAAGCCUGGGGUCUGCAGGGAGGCAGAGACGCUGCAGGGGAAGCCAGGGGCUACUGGGGGUCAGGGGAGCAUCCGGGACAGAUAUCUGGGGGCAAGGACUUCCAUGAACCAUCAAUGUCAGGUGGCAGAAAAUUCCUUUUGGAGAGUGGGAGUCCCGAGGCCAGCGCUGGGGACUCACUGCAGGAGGCAGGUGAUGGGGAGCCUGCAGUUAGGGGAAGGGGCUACAAAACCAGCCCUGGAGGCCCAGGAGACCCCAGGUCCUGGAAAGGUGGCUUACAGGAUGCAGAAGGAAGGGCAGCUCCCAGCGGGGGAGGGGGCCCGGGAAGAAGGGAUGGCCAGGGGACAGCUAGUGCCUUGGGCUGGGCAGGGGAAGGCUCCAGAAGCCUCCAGUCCUCCCAGGGCUGGGCACUGGGUCAGGGAGGAGAAGAGGGAGCCAGCAGACCAGAGUCUGAGCGCACAGGUCCUGGGGAUGACACGUGGUCCAGCCCCGGAAAAACUGGAGCCCACCGUGGGCCAGGAGUGCUGGGGUCCAGUGGAGGGGAAGGAGGCACGGGUGGUACCCAGGCAGCUGGGCUGACAGAGUCUGGUCAGGGGGCAGAUGCCGGAAGCCACAGCCCGAUUAGGUCUCCAGGCCUGGGUGGUCAGGGGCCUCGGGGCACACGAGGGGAUACAGAAGGAUUAAGAGGUCCAGGGGUCAUAGGGUCUGAACCAGAUUUCUGGAAUGGGUCAGAGAGCUCCAGAGUAAAAUCACGCAAAGGUGAGAUGGGCUAUGAGGAUGGCUUAGGAGGCCCAGAGAGAAAGGAAUCUUGGCGUGGGGCUGGCUCAGGACAUCCUAGAGGAAUAGGUUAUAGUGACAGCUCAGGGGUGCCUGGAGAGAUGGGGUCUGGUCAUCGUGCUGGGUAUAUAGUUGCCUCUGGGGUACCUGUGGGAACGGAGUCUGAGGAAGGGGGUGCUGGCGGACAUGGCUCGGGGGUUCCUGGGGGAGUGUGGUCUGGAAACAGAGAUGACUCUGGUCCUGCAGGAAGGGGCUCUGGGAGAGGUGCCAGUCUCAGGGAUGGCUCAGGUGGCCCCGACGGAGCCCCCAUGGAUGAAGCCGGGAGUUGGGAUGCUUGCAGAGGCCAGAGGGAAACGGGCCCUGGGGGAGGGCCUCACUGGGAUGGUGACCCAGGGAGUCCUGGGUCAGUGGGGUCUGUGGGGAGAGGUGGUCUCCGGGCCUCCAGAACAGUGGAGACUGUUAGGGAGGGACACAUGGGAGCAGAACCAGGAGGCUCUGGAAGAACAAGGCCUUGGGGUCAGACUGGAGAUUAUGGGGGCUUCAGAGGCUCAGAGGCCCUGGGGGCCUUCGGAGAAGGAGGCUAUGACGAUGGCCCUGGGGGUCCAGGAGCCAUGGACUCAGGGUCUCCGAGGAGAGGGGGAAAGGUGGGUGAUGGGGAUGGGGCCGGGUACCUUGGUGCCAGGGCCUCUGGAGCUGGAACUGGUUAUUGGGAUGGUACCAGCCGCCCCGAGGCACUAGCUCCUCAUGCAGGGGCUGGUUCCGAGAGCCAGUGGGCCUGUGGGGCUGGCAGUGCACUGGGGUCCGGGGCUGGAUCAGAAAUUCCAGAGUCUCAGGGAACUGGGGGCAGAACAUCUUAUGAAACAGGGUCAAGGGGCCUUGGGCCUAGGAGAUCCGGGCCAGGGGGUGAGGCAGGCUUUAGAGGAGGCUCAGGAGGCAUAGGAAGAACCGGAUCAGAAGAUGGGGCAGGUUGUAGGAAUGGUAUUGGGGGUUCUGGGGAAAUGGGGUCAGCAGAUGAUGCAGGUUACAGGAAAGAUUUGGGGGCUCCUGGGGGAAGGGGUUCAGGGAGCCAGGCAGACUAUAGGGAUGGUUUAGGGGGUUCUGGGGGAAUGGACUCAGUAGAUAAGGCUGGUUAUAGGGAAGAUCUGGGGGCUCCUGGGGGAAGGGGUUCAGGGAGAAAGGCAGACUAUAGGGAUGGUUUAGGGGGUUCUGGAAAAAUGGGAUCAGUGGAUAUGGCUGGUUAUAGAGAAGAUUUGGGGGCUCCUGGGGGAAGGGGUUCAGGGAGCCAGGAAGACUAUAGGGAUGGUUUAGGGGGUUCUGGAAAAAUGGGGUCAGUGGAUACAGCUGGUUAUAGGGAAGGUCUGGGGGCUCCUGGGGGAAGGGGUUCAGGGAGCCAGGCAGACUAUAGGGAUGGUUUAGGGGGUUCUGGAAAAAUGGGGUCAGUGGAUAUGGCUGGUUAUAGGGAAGAUCUGGGGGCUCCUGGGGGAAGGGGUUCAGGGAGCCAGGCAGACUAUAGGGAUGGUUUAGGGGGUUCUGGAAAAAUGGGGUCAGCGGAUAUGGCUGGUUAUAGAGAAGAUAUGGGGGCUCCUAGGGGAAGGGGUUCAGGGAGCCAGGCAGACUAUAGGGAUGGUUUAGGGGGCUCUGGAAAAAUGGGGUCAGUGGAUACAGCUGGUUAUAGGGAAGAUUUGGGGGCUCCUGGGGGAAGGGGUUCAGGAAGCCAGGCAGACUAUAGGGAUGGUUUAGGGGGUUCUGGAAAAAUGGGGUCAGUGGAUACAGCUGGUUAUAGGGAAGAUUUGGGGGCUCCUGGGGGAAGGGGUUCAGGAAGCCAGGCAGACUAUAGGGAUGGUUUAGGGGGCUCUGGAAAAAUGGGGUCAGUGGAUACAGCUGGUUAUAGGGAAGAUUUGGGGGCUCCUGGGGGAAGGGGUUCAGGGAGCCAGGCAGACUGUAGGGAUGGCUUAGGGGGUUCUGGAAAAAUGGGGUCAGUGGAUAAGGGUGGUUAUAGGGAAGAUCUGGGGGCUCCUGGGGGAAGGGGUUCAGGGAGAAAGGCAGACUAUAGGGAUGGUUUAGGGGGUUCUGGAAAAAUGGGGUCAGUGGAUAUGGCUGGUUAUAGGGAAGAUUUGGGGGCUCCUGGGGAAAGGGGUUCAGGGAGCCAGGCAGACUAUAGGGACGGUUCAGGGGGUUCUGGAAAAACGGGGUCAGCGGAUAUGGCUGGUUAUAGGGAAGAUUUUGGGGCUCCUGGGGGAAGGGGUUCAGGGAGCCAGGCAGACUAUAGGGAUGGUUUAGGGGGUUCUGGAAAAAUGGGGUCAGUGGAUAAGGGUGGUUAUAGAGAAGAUCUGGGGGCUCCUGGCGGAAGGGGUUCAGGGAGCCAGGAAGACUAUAGGGAUGGUUUAGGGGGUUUUGGAAAAAUGGGGUCAGGGGAUACAGCUGGUUAUAGGGAAGAUCUGGGGGCUCCUGGGGGAAGGGGUUCAGGGAUCCAGGCAGACUAUAGGGAUGGUUUAGGGGGUUCUGGAAAAAUGGGGUCAGUGGGUAUCGCUGGUUAUAGGGAAGGUCUGGGGGCUCCUGGGGGAAGGGGUUCAGGGAGCCAGGCAGACUAUAGGGAUGGUUUAGGGGGCUCUGGAAAAAUGGGGUCAGUGGAUACAGCUGGUUAUAGGGAAGAUUUGGGGGCUCCUGGGGGAAGGGGUUCAGGGAGCCAGGCAGACUAUAGGGAUGGUUUAGGGGGUUCUGGAAAAAUGGGAUCAGCGGAUAUGGCUGGUUAUAGGGAAGAUUUGGGGGCUCCUGGGGGAAGGGGUUCAGGGAGCCAGGCAGACUAUAGGGAUGGUUUAGGGGGUUCUGGAAAAAUGCGAUCAGUGGAUAUGGCUGGUUAUAGGGAAGAUCUGGGGGCUCCUGGGGGAAGGGGUUCAGGGAGCCAGGAAGACUAUAGGGAUGGUUUAGGGGGUUCUGGAAAAAUGGGGUCAGUGGAUAAGGGUGGUUAUAGAGAAGAUCUGGGGGCUCCUGGGGGAAGGGGUUCAGGGAGCCAGGCAGACUAUAGGGAUGGUUUAGGAGGUUCUGGGGAAAUGGGGUCAGUGGAUAAGGCAGGUUGUAGGCAUGUUUUAGGGGGUUCUGGGAGGAUUCCAUUAGGGAGUGAGGCAGGUUAUGGGGAAGCUUUGGGGGGAACUGCAGGAACGGGGUCAGGGAGUGAGGUCAGCUAUAGGGGAGGCUCAGGAGGGCCUCAGGAAAUGGGGCCAGAGGGCGAAAUGGGCUGUGGAGAUGGUUCGGGGCAGUUUGGGGUACCAGGCUCACUGGCUGGAGCAGGACAUGAGGCUGGACCCAGAGGCCACAAAGCUACAAAGCACGGGUCAAGAUAUCGGGUAGCAUCAGAAGGUGGCAUGAGCUCCCAGGAUGGUCCAGAGAGGGCCAGAGGAAAGGGGCUUGUUGAUGGGGCUGGCCCUGGAUUGGGCUCUGGGACGGCUGGCAUGCUGGGCCCUGGAGAUGGCACAGCACACAGGGACAGCCCUAGGGCCCCAGGGAUGCCAGAGACCCAAGGAGGGCCACAGACUCUUCCAGGUGGGUGGGGGUCCACCGAUGGUCUUAGGGGCGAUGGAACCUCAGGGAUCCCUGAGGCCUUGGAGGCUGUUGGUUCCAAGGGAAAAUCAGAUAGUGAAGAGUGGCAAGAUGGUUCUGGGAUUCCAGGGUCUUCUAGGGACAGAGGGGCUGCCAGGGGGAAGGGCAGGUCUGCAGACCAGGCAGGGAAUAGAGGGGGUUCUGGAUUUCUUGGUGGUAAGGGGGCAGCCGCAGGUGAGAGCUGGGUGGGAGGGGGUGUUUUGGAGUUGAGACCUGAACGGGACUUCUGGACACCAGGCCCAGGAAUAGCAGACAGGGGCAGAGUUUCUGGCCAGGGUGGAUUGGCACCUCAGGGAGGUGGGGACUCCCUGCUGGGAGACGGGAGGACGGGAGCAGGUUCAGGGAGCUCAGCAGGGGCAGGCCAGGUCCUGGACAGCGGCUCCACGCCCAGGGGAAGCGGCAAGUCAGUGCCAGGGCCUGCUGGUGGGCGAGGGGAGAGCAACGCUUGGGCCCCAGGCUGGGAAGACCAGGCGUUUGGCCAAGGCAGCGCAGGGGCUGGAGGCCAACCCUCAGGCUCCAGGGCUUCCGGGUCUCUGCAGGAGAAAGGUGCCACUUUCAGUGGGACCCAGGAAGGGCCAGGGGGCUUUAAAGGCAGGGAGGGUCCACCAGGCCAAGAGGCAGCUGGAGAAGGUCAAGGCCCAUGGGCCCUGGAUAGCAAAGGUUCAGGCCCGGGGAGGGGCAGGUCUGGUGGUGCAGAGGACUCAGCUGUCCUGGGCAAGGGGAAUUCCACUGAGUGGGGGGAUGGCCUCACCCCGAAACCUGGGGGGCCAGGACCUCGGGGAGCCUGGAAUGGCUUGGAUGGUCCCUUUGGCAGGAAAGGCUCUGGAGACAGUUCAGGAGCGGCCCAGGGCCUGAGCUCUCAGCUGGGCAAAGGACAGAGAGGAGGAAGGGGGUCCCUUGGGGAGCAAGGGUUGCUGCAGGCUGAGAAUGGCAAGGCCCAAGGUCCCAGGGCCCUGAAGGAGAAUGAGGGGUGGGGAAUGGAAGAGUCUGGCAGGUCAGACAGGAGGCCUGGGCCACCCAGGAGCAGCUCUCAAACACAGUCAGGGGCUGAGGUUGGAACAGCCAAGAGAGGCAGCGUGGACGAGGCCAGAGGCCUGGGGCAGCCUCCUGCGGGGGCGACCCGAGGGUGCCUGGGGGAACCUCCUCGUGAAGACUGGAGCCGGGAGUCCCCAGGUCAUCUUGGCAGCAGGAGAGGUGGCAAAGAGGGCAGGCUGGACGUCCACGGCAAGGGCAGAGACGCCACCCAGAGUCCCACCUCCAGAUACAAGCCCGGCACUGGCAGUUUCUCCACGGAGGCCCGAGGCCCCACGGGCCACUUCUCCCAGCGCCUGGCUGACACGGAGGUGCAGCGGGGGGAGACCGCCACGCUGUCCUGCACCCUCACCAGCGACCUGGGACCUGGCGCCUGGUUUAAGGAUGGAGUCAAGCUCACCACCCAGGAUGGAGUCGUCUUUGAGCAAGAAGGUCUCGUGCACAGACUCCUCAUUGCCCACGUGCAGGGGACCCAGGCCGGGAGGUACACCUUUGUCGCCGGCAACCGGCAGAGCGAGGCCACCCUGACGGUCCAUGAUCCGCCCACCAUUGCCCCAGGCGCCAUGGAGACGCUGAGAGAGCCCCUGGUGGUCAAGGCUGGGAAGCCGGUGACAGUGAAGGUCCCCUUCCAGAGCUGCCUCCCCGUUCAGGCUGCCUGGAGCAAGGACGGGGCCGAGCUGGUGGGCAGCGGCAGCAGGGGUCCCCAGGUGGCCCUGGGGGACGGCUACACGCGGCUGUGCCUCCCCAGCGCCGGCAGGAAGGACUGUGGCCAGUACAGCGUGACCCUGAGGAGCGAGGGAGGCUCCGUGCAGGCCGAGCUCACCCUGCAAGUCAUAGACAAGCCUGAGCCCCCGCAGGGGCCCCUGGAGGCGCAGGAUGGCCACGGGGCUGGUGUCUGCCUCCGCUGGCGGCCCCCGAGGGACGACGGGGGCCGGGCCGUGGAGCGCUACGUGGUGGAGAGGCGACAGGCCGGCAGGAGCACCUGGCUGAAGGUGGGCGAGGCCCCGGCGGACGCCCCUGCCUUCACUGACGCCCACGUGGAGCCAGGCGGGAAGUACGCCUUCCGCGUGCGGGCGGUGACCUCGGAGGGGGCCGGCGAGGCCCUGGAGUCCGAGGAGGUGCUGGUGGCUCCUGAGGCUCUCCCCGGGGCCCCUUCUGCCCCGGCCGUCCUGUCGGCCUCCAGCCGGGGCAUCACACUGUCAUGGACGGCACCGCGGGGCCCUGGCAGUGCCCACAUCCUGGGCUACCUGAUUGAGAAGCGCAAGAAGGGCAGCAACACCUGGACGGCGGUGAACGACCGGCCCGUGCCUGAGAGGAGGUGGACGGUGGCAGACCUGCGGCAGGGCUGUCAGUAUGAGUUCCGGGUGACGGCUGUGGCUCCCUCGGGCCCUGGAGAGCCUGGGCCCCCUUCGGACGCCGUGUUUGCCCGGGACCCCAUGAGACCUCCCGGGCCCGUGCGGAAUCUCCAAGUCACAGACACGUCGAGCACCAGCAUCACCCUGAGCUGGGCCGGACCGGACACCCAGGAUGGGGACGAAGCCCAGGGCUAUGUGGUGGAGCUGUGCAGCGCAGACAGUCUCCAGUGGAGCCCGUGCCACACGGGCACCGUGCCAGCCACCACCUACACGGCCAAGGGGCUUCGGCCCCAAGAAGGCUACUUCGUGCGAGUGACAGCAGUUAAUGAAGGAGGCCACGGCUGGCCCACUGCCCUGGACACGCUAGUGCACGCGAUGCCCGCUACUGUCUGUCCCAGGUUCCUCGUGGACUCCCGCACAAAGGACUCGCUGUUGGUCAAGGCUGGGGACACCGUCAGCGUGCCUGUCUCCUUUGAAGCUGCCCCCAUGCCCAAGGUGACCUGGCUGAAGGAUGGCUUGCCCUUGCCCAAAAGAAGCGUGACCACCACCAAGGAUGGCCUUACACAGCUUCUGAUUCCUGUGGCCAGCCUCUCUGACAGUGGCCUCUACACCGUGGUGCUGAGGAGCCCUCAGGGGAAGGAGGCUGCCCACAGCUUCCGCAUCAGGGUGGCAGCAUGUCCGCAGCCGCCUGGGCCCAUCCGCCUGCAGGAGAACGUGCCCGGGACGGUGACGGCCGAGUGGGAGCCCUCUCCGGACGAGGCCCGGGGCGUCCCGCUGCACUACGUGGUGCAGACGCGCUCCUCGGCCAACGGCCCCUGGCGCGAGGCAGCGGGCCGCGUCCACACCAACCGCUUCACCCUCCUGGGCGUCCUCCCCGGCCAUGAGUACCACUUCCGGGUGGUGGCCAAGAAUGAGCUGGGAGCCAGCAGCCCCUCGGACACCAGCCAGCCCUGGUGCAUCCCCCGGCAGCGCGACAGGUUCACCGUGAAGGCUCCACGCCACCGGGAGCCCGACCUGAGCCAGAAGCCCCGGUUCCUGGUGGGGCUGCGGGCCCACCUGCUGCCCCAGGGCUGCGAGUGCCGCAUGAGCUGCGCCGUGCAGGGCUCGCCCCGGCCCCGCGUCACCUGGUUCAAGAAUGACCAGAGCCUGGAAGGCAGCCCUGCAGCGUACAGUACCGACUUGCUGGGCGUGUGUUCCCUCGUCAUCCCCUGCGUCUCCCCCGAGGACAGCGGCGAGUACAAGGCGGUGGCGGAGAACACGCUGGGCCAGGCUGUCAGCACCGCCACCCUCAUUGUCAUAGAACCCAGCUCCUAGCCCUAACUCGCCCUGGGGUGGCCCCAGGUCCCCGAAGCUUCACUCCUGAGACCCACGCUGGCCCCAGGAGCCAGGCCCCAAGGAUGGGGGCCAGGCCUGGAGCCCCAGGAACACGGGCGUGACGAGGCUGCUGGGGACGUUUGGCCAGGAGGACACGGAAAGAAAACCGGUGGGGUGGGGGGCAUUAAGUCUCCCAGCCCCAAGCUAAGUCACUGAGCAGGAUGACAGUGAGACUUGGGGACCCUCACCUGUUGGCUUCUUUCUUCUCCACUCCAGGAGAUCCAGAGAACACCUGCUUACAGGGUGGGGCCCUUGAAGGGGAGGUGGGAACAGCUGAGCCAGCUGUGCCCACAGGGAGGGAAGAGGAAAGGGGGUCAGAGGACCUGGGUGAGGACUAGGGCAUCGGGGCAUGUGUGUGUGUGUGGCAGGGUGUGCUUUCUGUACUUUUCUUCAUUAAAGCAUUACGCUAAUACA